UCAAGCGGGAAAGGCGGACCGAAAGCAGAGCGGCUUUUUCCGUCCCUGGCAACGUUUGCGGCCGCGGGGUGGAAAACGGACGGCGAUCGGGGCUCGUCGGCGGCUGAACAUGAUCCAGGAAUUCUGUUUUCUCUCCAUCUUCGUGGCAGCUAUUGCCACCCAAAGUUUGGGCCAUGAUGGAACACCAUCCUGUCCAAGAGCAUCUAUCCAAGGCGGGGACAUCUCUCUCUCCAAUGGUUAUUAUCCAGGAAGCAUCCUGACCUUUGUCUGCCCAGCUGGCACUUAUCCAUAUCCCACACCCAGCCGGGUCUGCCAGCCAGAUGGCAAAUGGACUCCAAUGCACCAUCCUAGCGGAAAGCCAAGCAAUGUAGCCCGUUGCAGAGAUAUACGCUGCCCAGGGCAGAUAAGCUUUGAAAAUGGCUUUUUCAUCCCACGGCGAACUUUCCACCCCAUUGGUGACAUCCUGAGUUUUCAGUGUUCUGACGGGUAUCAGCUCCUCGGCUCAUCCCAGCGAUACUGCCAGCCCAACGGCCAAUGGAAUGGGACCUCCCCUGUUUGUGAUGAUGGAGUUGGGCACUGCCUCACCCUGGCUGUGCCCCCGGGGGCGAUUGCUACAGGAAAAGGCAACCGUCUGGGUGAUCAGAUCUCAUUCAAAUGUCAGACUAACUUAGAGUUGAUUGGAUCAUCCCAGCGGGUCUGCAUGCUGGAUGGCGAAUGGUCUGACACGCAGCCAAGUUGUAGAGCCAGUUAUUCUUAUGACCGAGCUGAAGAUGUUAAAGCUGAAUUUGGAGCCUCGUUGACGGAUGUUCUGAGUGAAGUAUCCACCUUUGAGUUGGACCCUUCUGGAACCAUUCAAACUCCAUCUUUAGGCCGAAGACUUAUACUGACCAAAGAUAGCUUCCUGUAUGUUUACUUCUUGUUGGAUGCUUCCCACAGCGUUACAGAACCUAACUUUUCUAUCUUUAAAGAUGCUGUGAGCCAAAUCAUAAUCAGGAUUUCUAGUUUUGAAGUUCCGAUCAAGUUCUCAGUCAUAUCUUAUGCCAGCCAAUCCAAGAUAAUUGUCGACAUUGGUGAUGUUGCCGCUGAAGAUGCCGACAUGGUGCUUGAGUUGAUGGAAAGUAAUAUGGAUUACAAAGAUCAUGGCAACGCGACGGGAACCAACAUUUAUGCGGCCCUUAAUGCGGUUUACGAGAUGAUGGUUAGUGAAGAAGCAAGUUUGAAAGAUCAAUGGAACAAAGUCCGUCAUGCUAUCAUUCUGCUUACGGAUGGAAAAUCCAACCUUGGAGGUUCUCCCAAAAUGGCAGUGCACAGCAUAGAAGAUCUGGUAAAUGUGAGAGAUGACCGAAAAGAUUAUCUCGAUAUCUAUGUUUUUGGCAUCGGGAACCUUGACGUUGAGUUGAGUGCCAUGAAUGAGAUUGCAUCAAAGAAGCCAGGGGAAAGGCAUGUCUUUGUGAUGAAAAAUCCACAGGAACUCAAGAAUGCUUUUGAAGAUCUGUUGGAUCCUAGAGAUUUGGAGGACAUUUGUGGUUUGGCAAACUACUCGGACAAUGCAAGAUGGGACCAGAAGAACCCUUGGCAUGUGCGUCUCCAAAACACACAUCAUAGGGAUUCUACUUGCCGAGGUGCCUUGAUUUCCAAUACCUGGGUUCUAACAGCGGCUCACUGCUUCAACCUCUUGACAAAUAAUUGGAUCGUGGUUCUGGGUGGAGAUAUCAGGCUAGGAAUAAAGAGACGGAUUGACCAUGAAUUAUACAACAUUCGAGCUAAGAAGGCCCAGGGCAUCCAAGAAUUCUAUGACUACGAUAUCUCCCUCAUUGAACUGGAGAAACCGGUGACCUUCGGAGGAAGAAUCAGACCCAUCUGCCUCCCUUGCACCGAAGGGGCCAGCAGAGCCCUGAAGAAAAAACCUGGAACAACAACAUGCAGGGAUCAUGAACUGGAGCUGCUGAGUUUUGAGAAGGUGCCUGCCGAAUUCAUCUCCUUGGAGCACAAGAGAAUGAAUGUGCAGAUCAAGACCAAAACAAGUCGUCCCACGUGCGUUUCUGGAGCUAUUCAGGAGGGAAUGAUAUAUGCCAAUGUGUCCAAUGUCGAUGACGUGGUGACUGACAGGUUCCUAUGCAGUGGAGAAGAUAAAUCGCUGGAAGCCUACACUUGCAAAGGUGAAUCCGGGGGAUCGCUCUUUGUGGAAAGGAGAGAAAGACAUUUUCAGGUGGGUGUGAUCAGCUGGGGCACGUAUGAUCCAUGUGCGAAGAAGAAUAAAAAUGACAAUGGGGAGAUAAUACGAGAUCGGCCAAGCAAAGCAUACAAGCCACGAGACUUCUACAUCAGUCUAUUUCAAGUGCAGGAUUGGUUAAGAAAACAUCUGAACAACUCCUUGAAAUUCAUUCCCAUGCAAUAUGACGUGGAUGGUAGCUGUGAUGUGCUGAAGUCACACGAAAUUGCAGGAGGCCAAACAGUAGUGCUGCUGAACAACACAGUACUUCAGUAUAUAUGCCCAGAGGGCCAAUACCCAUACCCUACCGAGUACCGGACAUGCGAACCGGGAGGAUACUGGAGCACUAUGAAAAAUAUAAAUAAUAUAAACGUCUCCCGGGCCAGGUGCAAAGUUAUUAAUUGCCCCAGAGUUGCAGAAUUCGAAAAUGGUUACUUUGAGCCCCCACAGCAACAUUACAAUAUAAACGACAGCAUCACGUUUUCUUGCUAUGGAGGAUACAAUAUGAAGGGCUCUAAAGUCCGCACCUGCCUUCCCAAUGGGAAAUGGAGUGGAGAAACAACCAUUUGUGAUGAUGGAACUGGCCAUUGUACUAACCCAGGGAUUCCAAUUGGUAGUCGAAAAGAAGGAAAACAAUAUCGAACAGAAUAUCGGGUCCAGUAUAGUUGUGAGAAUGGUCUUGUCCUUUUUGGAUCCAAGGAACGGGUUUGCCAAGAAUUUGGAGGCUGGAGCGGAUCAGAACCAGAGUGUCGACAGCCAUAUACUUUUGACACCCCAGAAGAAGUUGCCAACAAUUUCAUUUCAUCUUUGACUGAAACUGCUGAAGCCGCAGAAUCCAAUAGAAAUACCUCCGCUACACAGAAGCGAAAGAUUGUCAUUAAGAAAGGAGGCACAAUGAACAUCUACUUCCUCCUCGAUGCCUCAAAAAGUAUUAAAGCAGUGGAUUUCAAUAGUACACAGAAUGUUACAAUCAAGCUGAUUGAGAAGAUCUCCAGCUAUGAUGUCUCCCCCAAUUAUGCCGUCAUCACUUUUGCCACAAACAGCAAAGAGGUUUUCAACACAUUUCAUGCACAGAGCACUGAUGCAGCCUGGGUGAUUGAGCAAUUAAAAAAUAUCAAAAUUUCUGAGCAUAAGAUAAAGCCAGGAACCAACAUAAAGAAAGCCUUCACAACUGUCUAUGAAAUGAUGAUUUCCCAGGAAGCUGAUGAGAGGAGACGUGGAUUAAAUCCUCCUCCUGUUUCCAAUUCCACACGCCAUGUGAUCAUCCUCCUGAGUGAUGGUCGUUACAACAUGGGCGGGGAACCAGGUCCUGUCAUAAACAAUAUUAAGGAAUUCCUUAGGAUUAAGAAAUCUGGCACCAAUUCUCGCAACGAAUUCUUAGAUAUCUAUGUCUUUGCUGUUGGAGAAGUCAACGAGAAAACCAUGAAUGAUUUGGCAUCAAAGAAACCCGGUGAGAAGCACUUCUUCAAAAUAAAGGACAUCCAAGACCUGCAAAAAACCUUUGAUCAAAUGAUUGAUGAGAGUGAAGUUUUGUCUAUGUGUGGCUUGGCAAAAGAACACAAGGCAGAUGAUCAAAAGAGGAAUCCCUGGAACACCAAGAUCACCAUCAGGCGUUCUGGUGGGACAGGGUUUGACAACUGCAAAGGAACCCUCAUUUCUGAGUAUUUUAUCUUGACAGCAGCUCACUGUUUCACUAUCGACGAUACGGCUGACCAGAUCAGAGUCACAAUUGCCCAGCGAGAUUAUACUGUGGAAAACAUUAUACUCCACCCAGAAUAUAAGAUCGGAAAACUGAAAAAUCGCGGAAUCCCUGAAUUCUAUGAUUAUGAUGUUGCCCUGAUAAAACUUGAGAAAAAAGUUGAGUUCAGUUACAAUGCAAGGCCAAUUUGUUUACCAUGUACACAAGGAACAACCCGAGCUCUGAGGAAAUCCCUUGAAACAACCACAUGCCAGGACCAUGAGAAUGAGCUGCUACCUGUGGGAAACAUUCAUUCUUUUUUUGUAAGCGACUGUAAGUUCAGAGGCCAACAAACCACUGGGCUAGUUCGCAGACAUGUUCAAAUCAAGAAUAGUGAAAAGAAAAUGGCCUGUGAACAAGAUGCUCGGAAUGCCAAAUUCUACAAAAAUGUUACCAAUAUUAAAGACGUAGUGACUGAUAACUUUCUCUGCACAGGGGGGCAGGACCCUGUGCUGGACCCCAAUACAUGCAAAGGUGAUUCUGGUGGUCCUCUCAUCAUUCAGAAAAAGUUGCGUUAUAUUCAGGUUGGCGUCAUUAGCUGGGGUGUGAUUGAUGUCUGCGGUCAUGUCACUACGUUAUGUGAUGAACCUGAAAAAUUGCAGAGGCACAAACCCUCCUAUGCCAGGGAUUACCACCUCAACCUCUUCAAAAUUAUCCCGUGGCUCAAAAAAGAGCUGGCUAAUGAGGACCUGGAGUUCAUCUAGACGCAUUCUCUUCCCAGAUGCUCUAUGUAAAUAGAAAUCAUUCUCUUCAAACCUUGCCAAGUAAAGUCUGUGUUAACAAUGACUAUGUCUGAUGUAACUGUAUAAAAAAAAGAACCAAUAAAUGUGAUAUGUGUUAUC